AUGAUCAAUCCCUCACUCAGAAGAGGGCAGGAAAUAGAAAGAGUCGAAUGGAACUAUUCAGCAGUUACACUUUCUUAUUCGAGUACAAAUUAUAUAGCUAAACAGAAUAGGACAGAUUUACAGUCUGAUCCAGUUUCAAAAGAAAGUGCAAGCAGUAGGGCAAAAAAGACUGGAGGAAAGAAACGGUCCCAAGGGGAUUAUUUCAAGUCCGCCAGCAUCUCUGAACCAAAUAUUACUCAGAAUUAG